AUGAGUGGACCAACAUACGUAUCUGAUCCUAGAAUAUGGAAAACAUUUUACAAAAACAUGUUAGACGGAAAAUUUAAUCCACGAAAUUAUAAAGGGAGGCAGUCCGGCAGCGGCAUUGCAGGAAUGUAUUCUAAGAAACCUUACAUGAUACCAGUUAAUCCACAUAUUACUGUCGAAGAACCGAAGGAAAUAGUAGGCAAACAGGUGACUCCAAUUGCAGCAGCAGAAGAACGAGCCAAAGGAGAAUUAAAAGAGGAAAUGCGUGAAAAUAUUCCACACGUUCCCGUAGGCAGUAUAAAAGUGGAAAACGAUCCGAAAUCCUCCAUUUCAAUCAAGAGGAGGAAGAAGUCAGGGGAAAGAGCAUCAGACAUUGCAGUAGAAAAAAUAUAUUAUGCGGAAUACCGACCAGUGUCAGCAUAUAACACGGACGAUGCCCCGAUAGAAAUCUCCAUACCUGGUCAAGGAAACGAAUAUAUUGAUUUACGACGAAGCCGUUUAUAUGUAAAAUGUAAAAUAGUCAAAGCAGAUGGAACAGCUUUAGCAGCCCAAGAAAAAACUGGCAUUAUAAACCUCCCUCUACAGUCAUUGUGGUCCCAGAUAGAUACUUAUAUGAACGGAAAGUUAGUGUCUCUGAACACUAGUUAUUACCCAUGGAAAGCCUAUUUAAAAAUCAUCUUGUCCAGUGGCAAUGAUGCUUCAGAUUCGCAAUUACAAUCUCAACUAUUUUUCUUAGACGAUGCAACAAUGGACGAUGGAAAUGCAUACGGUGGAACAAACGGCGGUUUGGCAAAAAGGUAUACAUUUACAAAGGAGAGCAAAGUUUUUGAUUUGGAAGGACCGUUAUACGAGGACAUUUUCCGUUUGGAUAAAUACAUAUUGAAUGGUGUCGACGUAAAUCUAAAGUUAUUCCGAAGCAGAGCACCCCUACUGGUAAUGAGUGCAGAAUCAACUCCUGCAUACAAAGUACUGCUGUUGGACGUCUCCUUUAAAGCCUGCAUGAUUAAAGUAGAUAGUGGUGUUUUGAUUAAUCAUGCAGAAAUAUUGAAAGAAACUACAGCCAAAUACCCAUUGAUACGAACAGAAGUAAAGAUGAACACUUGCUCUACGGGAUCUGGAAGUUUUAUAUGGCAAAACGUUUGGUCUAACAAUCUCCCAACAAAGGCAUAUUUUGCGUUCAUCUCCCAGACUGCAGUAAAUGGUAGUUACACCAAAAACAUAUUUAAUUUUCAAAAUUUGGCAGACGAAAUUGCACUGUACGUGAAUGGCGAAAGCAUGCCAGCAAGACCCAUGAAAAUUGACGUAGGAGCGAACGGGAACCACGUCACAGCAUUCGUGAAUCUAUUUGAAGUGGCUGAGAAAUGGAACAAAGACUCCGGACUAAGCAUAACGCGCUCCAUGUUCAGCGAGGGAUUUGCAGUUUACGCAUUUAGUCUCGCUCCCAGCGAUCUAGGAGAAGAUUAUAUAAAUUUGGUUCGCCAGGGAAGCGUCAGAUUAGAAGUGAAAUUUGCAGUGAAUACAACAGAAACAUUAAAUUGUUUGGCUUAUGCAGAAUUUCCCGCUUUACUCGAAAUUGAUCAAUCAAGAGACAUUAAGUACACCCGAGUAUGA